CAAGUAUCUUGUAAUUUCUUCUUCAGAGGCACAAUCUAAUUUGAUAUUAAGUAAUAAUACUUGCAAUUUCUGUUGAAUUUGUACAUUUGGAAAUAAAAGCACCUAAAAAAGUAUAGUUAUCCAUUCUUUAAGAUCCUUAAAAUCUAAUAGAUUCAUGAGUUUAGGUAAAUUGAUUAUCAGGACAAUAUGUUAUAUACUAAUAGUCUUCAGGAACAUUCAUUUGCUAAUAAAAUGAAUAAAAUUCAUACUUUAGAAACUUCUGAUAUGCGACUACCGCAAAUCACAGCAGGGAAACUUUCACAGGAUGUUUCUAUUAAAGAUUUGUUGCAAUAAUAAAAGCUAACUGAAAAGAUACGAUUAUUAUCAUUUGGAAUGUAUUAACCUGCAUUGUCAACAAGUCCUAUAGCAUAUAUAAAUUAUGA